CGUGAAAACACCGCCAACCCGCACACUUCAGAUAGAUCGCGUUCGCUACUUGUGAUAUUAAAUUUGCUCAGUAGAUCAAUCGACGACACACUAACGCUUUUAUCUUAAGAUAAAUAGAAGUUUUAAUUUCUAAUGAAUGCUUAUAUUGUCGUGUUGAAGUGGGUUAUUAGAACUUGGACCAUUUGUCACGGGUUUCAAAUACACAUUUCACUUGUGCAUUAAAAGAUAAAAGUGAGAAAAUUUACAACUUAGGUAUACAAAAAAAACUUGAAAUGCAACGGUUGGAUUAAAAGUGAAUUACGAUAAUAUAUUUUCGUCAAUGGGUCGGAAAAGUUAAGACGAGUGCUAAUACACGAGUGGUAUUUUAAAACUUUUGUGGUAAACCUAUAAAAAUGAGCACUUGCAGUUCGAGGAUGUCAUUUGAAACCGAGGCUAGCGGCGAGGGUAUCGAGCGCUACAAAUCAGAUCCCCAAGUGAGGAUGCCUCAGGCCAUGAACAUGAAGGUGAUGAAGGAGAAGGAAUUCUCGCCCGUGGGACCGGGUACCAUGAUCAACCACGUGCUACAGAUCAGCGCUGCCACUCGGGAGAGGCGAGUGUUUGUAGAAUCUACAUUCUUUGUCAUACGACAUCUUAGUAUGUUAUAUUUACAGAAAAACAACUUCAUAUUCCUUUUUCACAGGGCUAAAUUGAUCAACAAAACAGAAGAAUCAAGACUACUGCGUCUCAAGAAUCUAAUUGAAAAAGAACGCCGCUUUGCAGGCAACCUGCAAAAUCGUGUCAUUAGGAAGACUUCGAAGUCAUUGACUGAAAGACGCGCACUGCUUGAUCUUCUGGAAAACGAAUACAAAGUUAAGAACUUUAUAACAAUGAAGCCGAAGUUCGAUCCGGGCUCCAUUGAUAACGUUGAAGACGCAAGACGUUACGUCAUAGAGUCACGUGUCUUCAAUUCUGGUUUUAACCUGAAAUCUAUGAAACCGGAAGUGCGUAGAAAGAUUCGAAUGUUGGAUCCGAUUCAUAAGUAUAAGGUUUAUAAGGAAAAACUACUAGCAGAUAACUGGCAACAGAAUGUUGAAAUUAAUCGAGCUAUUUCAGACUCGACGUUCAACAUGAUGCUCAGUGACCGGAAACAUUGGCGAGAAUACAAUUUCCCGCCAGGUCAUCCGAGAUGGCAGAAAUCAGAAGAAAUUAAAACAUCAUCGAAAGAAGCCUCGCGAUCGCGAAAAUCAUCCCAAAUCCCAGCAUUAGUUAACGAUGAAAUACAGCAGGUACGAGAGGUCAAUACAGUUCGGGAAGAGGUUGAGUCAGACCGGACCAAAGAGAAAUCAGUCGUCUUAGAACGUCGUCAACUGCUACCGCGGAAUCCCAACGCGUUCAGUAUGAGCAUGCGUAGUCUAGGUCCGGUGUACUUCCAGACGACCGUGUCUACACUACCUGUGCUGCAAAAUACAUUGUGACCGUUGAAGUAACCUUAUUGUGGACAUGUCAUUUCAACAGAUGUAUUAGUAUUGUUUGUUAAUUUAACAUAUUCGUUAGUGUUGUUUGUUAAUUUAACAUAUUCGUUGAACAUAUGAGCUUCAUUUUGGGAAAAUGGGUUUAAUGCAUGUGCGUUAUCCGUACAGACUAAUGUGGGACGACACUUUCCGCUUAUCUUUUUUUCGUUUAAAGGAAGUAUCUGUUAAGCGAAAAUCCAGUUUAUGCGGAAAUUGUCGUCACUGAUUAGACUCUGCGGACUGCACAUACUAAUCUUGGACGACACUUUACGUUCAUGCAUUAAGCCCACGAUCCAAGUACAACGCUCAUGUUUUAAUGAAGUAUGCAGAUCUAAAACAUUCAAUAAAAAGUGCAAAUCGCCGCUUUUUUUUUACCGAAAACAUCGCUCUAGUCUAUGUCGAAGUCACAUAAAUUACAGUUUAACGCGUGUUUACCCAUUACAUUAUUCAAAACAAAAUUACAUACACAAUACGUAAGUUUACAUUGGUUAUAAUAAUGAUAAUAAUAUUGUUAAUACAAGUGUCAUCACCCCCACACCCACUACAAAUGGCGCCCAUGGUGGGGCCAGACGUGCGACGGAAGGACCAGGUUGGCGGCUGGACCAGGUCUCCGGAAGGCUGCGAGGUUGGAACCACGUUCGUUGAGGACGGGCCCACGCUGUCGGAGCGGUGCUGGAUUCGGGAGCACGACAACGCCAAAGAGGCGCGUUGAUUUCCGUCCAGCUCCGAGGACCGUUUCGGCAGGACCUCCAGUACUUUCGGCAAGGACAGCUGAAUUCCUGUAUUAACUUUACACUUUCUCGUAAGAGAAAUCCGCGUAUUUCGAUGUUUUGUUUUUGUGACGUUUGGUUUACACCACAUGACUUUUUGUAUUUUUUAAUUGUGAAUGUCGUCACUAGAAAUUUACGUAACUUGUUCCUAGUGGACGUUUUGUUUUGUGGAUGUGUUAAUGAAAUUUGUUCCCUUAAACAUGUGCGAUUGGACUGACCUAGUAAGUCUAUUAUAUCAACUUCUUUUAUUUUAAUAUUUAUAGCGCACGUGUGCGUAUGUGCAAAAAAUAGAUUUU